AUGUUUUCCAGCGUUUUCAAGACUGGAUUUCGCUCACUAAAUCCAUUAGAAAGUCUGCAAGUAACCGCUAGGCGUUUUACACAUGAAUAUGCUCCACGUUUCAAGAACCAGACUAAGAAGCAAAAGGGUCGUGUGCCAGUGCGUACCGGUGGCUCUACUAAGGGUAAUUCGCUUCAAUUUGGUCAAUUUGGUUUAAGAUUGAAGUCUGAAGGUGUGAGACUUACUGCGUUACAGUUGAAGGAAGCCGAUAAUGCUAUUAUGAGAUACGUUAGACCUUUGAAUAACGGUCAAUUAUGGCGUCGUUUGUGUACAAACAUUGCUGUUUGUAUCAAGGGUAAUGAGACCAGAAUGGGUAAAGGUAAGGGUGGAUUUGACCAUUGGAUGGUCAGAGUACCCACCGGUAAAGUGAUCUUUGAGAUGGCAGGUGACAAUCUACACGAGAAAGUAGCACGUGAGGCGUUUAGAAAGGCAGCAACCAAGCUUCCUGGCCUAUACGAAUUCAUAUCGAAAGAUUCUCUGGUAAGAGUAGGUAUCAAGAGUGUAAAAGAUCCAAAGGACGAUCCAAAGAUCAAUUACUUUGAAGAACUAAAGAAGAAACCUACAAAGGAAUAUAUUACAAAGUUGAAGUCCCAGCAACCGGAAUAUAGAAUGUUCAGGGCUCGUUGA